AUGGCAGAAGCUGCCGCCAUCGAUGCCUCUCGCGCACCUGCAUCCCUGUGGGAUCGCGUAUCCAACUGGGUCUCAGAGAACAAGGCGGUUGCGUACACAAUAGCUGGCACAGUAGUCGUCGUCACGAGUGCUGGUGCCAUUUAUUACUUCUCUACCCAGAAGGGAGGUGCCCCAGCGACACCAACAGAAAAGAGGAAAAGCAAGAAGGAGCGACGGAAAGAGAAAAAAGCAGCUGAAGAGGCAGCUAAGUCGUCGGGUAUCAGUCUGCAAGAUGAGGAGGCUGCGCCUGCUGCUCCUCGAACGGCGUCCGUUGAGGCGGAGGACGAACUGCCAGAUAUUAACGAGUCCAAUGUCGAAAGCUUCUCGAAAGAGGAUCGAGCGACGUAUGCAGGCAAAUUAAAGCAAGCAGGCAACAAAGCAUAUGGCUCCAAAGACUACAACAAGGCCAUCGAACUUUACGGCCAGGCCAUUCUCUGCAAACCCGACCCCGUCUACUACUCCAACCGCGCCGCUUGCUACAAUGCGCUUAGUGAAUGGGACAAGGUGGUUGAAGAUUGCACGGCGGCCAUCUCGAUGGACUCGGAAUAUGUCAAAGCCCUCAACCGUCGCGCCCAUGCCUACGAACACCUGGGCCUUUUCUCGGAAGCCCUCCUAGAUUACACCGCCAGCUGCAUCAUCGACGGCUUCAAGAAUGAAAGUAGUGCCCAGAGCGUGGAAAGGCUGCUGAAGAAAGUGGCAGAGAAGAAGGGGAAGGCAAUUCUGGCAAACAAGAAGAACAAGCUGCCCGGCGCAACAUUCGUCUCGAACUAUCUGCAAAGUUUCCGCCCGCGGCCGCCGCCUACAGGACUCGAGGAGACCACCGAGCUCGAGGAGAACACAGGGAAAGGUCAGCUCCAAAGAGGCUUGGUUGCCAUGAAAAAGAAGACGUCAGAAGGCUACGACGAGGCAGCUGCCAAUUUCAAAAAAGCUCUGGAACUCGGAGAUUUGGGCGACCACGAGGCAUUCGCUUACAACAUGAGGGCGACAUUCUUGUACCUGGAGGGCGAUACGGCAAAAGCCCUUGAAGACCUGAACAAAGCUAUCGAACUGCAGCCCUCCCUGACACAAGCGUACAUAAAACGUGCAAGCAUGCAGUUGGAGCUCGGCAACAAGGACCUUGCUGCAGACGACUUCGAGAAGGCCAUGGCGCAGGACAAGGACGAUCCCGAUAUCUACUACCACCGUGCUCAGUUACAUUUUAUCCUGGGCGAAUACGCCGAUGCUGCCAAGGACUACCAAAAGUCGAUCGACCUGGACAGAGACUUCAUCUACUCACACAUCCAAUUAGGUGUCACCCAGUACAAGCUCGGCUCAAUCGCAUCGUCCAUGGCAACUUUCCGACGAUGCGUCAAGAACUUUGACAAGGUACCGGAUGUCUACAACUACUAUGGUGAGCUGCUGCUCGACCAGCAAAAGUACCAGGACGCCAUCGAAAGGUUCGAGACAGCUAUCGAUAUGGAAAGACAGACGAAGCCCACUGGAGCCAUCAACGUCUUGCCACUGAUCAACAAAGCACUCGCGCUCUUCCAGUGGAAACAGGACUUCAAGGCAGCCGAAGAGCUUUGUGAGAAAGCCUUGAUCCUUGACCCAGAAUGCGAUAUCGCCGUUGCCACCAUGGCUCAACUGCUCCUGCAGCAAGGCAAGGUUACCAAGGCGCUGGAGUACUUCGAACGUGCGGCGGAACUUUCAAGAACAGAAGGCGAGAUUGUCAACGCACUGUCUUACGCCGAAGCUACACGUACGCAACUCGAGGUGUCGCAAAAGUAUCCGCAGUUAGCAGCCCGACUGCAGCAGAUGGAAGGUGCCGGUUUGGGUGGUCCUCAGUUGAGAUAA